CUCCGCCAAUACUCCGCGACCCGCCAUCGCCGGCGAGCGCGCGCCUUCACCGGCUAUCGACGCGUCCGUCAAAACGUACACCCGACCCGAUCCCACGUCGCUCGUGUAUUAUGACUUAAAAAUCAGCAUACGUCCGCUUUAAGUGAUAUUUUAUUAACAACUUUUUACUACACCAUUCAACGAUUCAAUACAAAGAAACAAGUGCUGAAAAAAUAGUUUUCACAUUGAAAAUCUCACAUAGCUCGAGCGCUGGGCGAAACAAAAGAUGUGAUGGUCGCUCCAGUGGCGUGCUUAUAAUGGGCGGGUCGCUGCGGUGAGGCGGGGUGUGCGGGGUGCGCGGAGAUGUGGGCUCGCGGGGCGCGGGCGCUGCGGCGCGGCGUGCUGCUGUUGCCGCUGGCGCUGACUGCGCUGGCGCUGCUGCUGCUGCCGCGCCCGCCGCCGCUGGCCGCGCCGUCGCGGCUGCCCUCGCCGCCACCCACCAGGGAUGAACCGAGACUACAGCUAACAGAACCCGUAGAGGAAGUGGAGAAUGAUAUUGGCGCGCCAUCCCCGCGUGAGUGGUUCCUGCGCGGCGGCGAGCGGCGACCGCACCGACACGACCCCAAAGCAAAAGUAUUCCCAGAAGAUGCACCGGGGGACGACAGGAUCUACGAGCAACUAAUGUAUACAUUGCCAACGGACGAAGAUAUACCAAUGAAGAGGAUCUUGCUCGCAAACGGGCUAGGCACGUGGGGGGUUUCCGGCGGCCGGACGGAGUUCAUCCGGAACAAGUGUCCGGUGGAUCGCUGCACGCUCACCGCCGAUACCAGGGAGGCGGGCACCGCUGACGCCAUCUUGUUUAAAGACCAUCACACUCCCUUUAAUGUCAAUCGUCCUACGAAUCAAAUCUGGAUCCUGUACUACUUGGAGUGUCCGUACCACACGGCGUCGCUGCGGCCGGCCGCACUCGACGUGUUCAACUGGACGGCCACGUACAGGCGCGACUCCGACAUCGUGGCGCCCUACGAGCGCUGGCACUACCACGACCCGCGUAUCACUGACAACCAGCUCGAUAGAAACUACGCCGCUAACAAAACUAAAAAGGUGGCAUGGUUCGUGUCUAACUGUCACGCCCGCAACCGUCGGCUGCAGUACGCGCGGCAGCUCGCCAAGCACAUCUCCGUCGACAUCUACGGAGCGUGCGGCUCGCGCCACUGCCCGCGCGCAGACCCCAACUGUCUGGAGAUGCUGGACAACGACUACAAGUUCUAUCUAGCAUUCGAAAACUCUAACUGUCGAGAUUAUAUCACUGAGAAGUUCUUCGUCAACGGAUUGCAACACAACGUGCUGCCAAUAGUGAUGGGCGCACGUCCGGCGGAGUACGCGGCGGUGGCGCCGCACAACUCUUACAUACAUGUAGAGGAGUUCGCCGGCCCCGAGGAGCUCGCCGCCUACCUGCACCGCCUCGACGAAGACGACACGCUGUAUAACUCAUACUUCAAAUGGAAGGGUACAGGUGAGUUCAUAAACACGUACUUCUUCUGCCGCGUGUGCGCGAUGGUACACGCGAACGCGCGCCGGCAGCGCAGCGCGCACUACGCGGACGUGCAGGCGUGGUGGCGCGGCGCGGCGUGCACGCGCGGCGACUGGCGCGCACCGGCCAGGGAUCUCGUCUAGUGCGUACCGCUUCUACUGAGCUAAAAUAAACAUAGGCUAACGUCUUACACCAGGUAAGGCUAACGCAGGCAACUAUAGAGCGUCAGGCUCGUAAGCUAGCAGGAAAAAUGGCACAGGCAAAUAUACCUAGUUUAAUUUGUUAAUACGACAAAGUUCCAGAGAUUGUGCAUAGUCGGAUCUAAUGUACCAUAUAGGUCAUUUAUAUACAAAUAUAUAAACCAUAGGUAUAUAAUAUUUGUUAUUUAACAAUUUGGUCAGAUCUGGUUUAGAACAACACAUCUAAAUGCGUAACGUAACGCACAAUAUCUUGAUUUUAGCAACACCAAAAAUGCACAAGCAUAAUGUUUCAUGACAUCGUAAGACAAACUGACGAACCAUUCUAUAGCAUAUGUUCAUAUUGGCGUAUAACAUUUGAAUUUUACACCAGGCUUAAUUUAAAAAUGUAAUACGUAUAAAAGACAAGGCUAAAUAUGUUUGGAAUAUUAAUAAUUGAUUAUAAAAAGGAGUAUGGUGACAAAAUGAUUAGUUUUGUAGUAUGUGGAUUUAAAUAUAUUGUUAUUAGAUAAACGUGCAAGUCCAAAUCUAGAGCAAUAUACUUGAAAACUUCGUCGAAAUGAGAAAAAUACGAGUAAAUAACCAAAGAAAUAUUGCAUGGAAUAUAAUGGUUUAGGAGGAUUAGUAGGAAAAACGUGUCCUAGUCAAAACCAUUGAACAGUAAAUAUCGUCAGGUUAUAUCGGUAUAUUAGAUAGAAUAAAAGUUAUAAUAGAACCAUAAAAUUCGAUAAAAAAAACUGACCAGCCUUUAUUUUUGCACCUAGGUUCAAUUCAAAUAAUAAACAUAAAGUAAAAUUCAGUUAUUUUAUUAAAACAUUGAAUACAGUCAUUAAACGUCCUUAGUACAUGGACUGAAAAAAAGGAAAAUCGUAAUGUUAAAAAAAAAUUAGAAAUAGACUUUAUCGUGAAGUAUGGCCAAUAAUUGCUUGUAGUUGGCUUCCGUGAGAUUUUGUAAGCAAUUCUUGUUAAUAGUGAUGUGUAUUUGAAUAAAAUAAAAAAACAUUCCUUGUCGCUCAGAAAUGUCAUUUUCGCGUCCGUGUUCAUGAUGAUUGUGGUUGAAUAAUUUAUUCUUAUUAGUUAAUAAAAUGUAAUGAAAAUACUGGAAUUAGUUAUAUAUUUUAAUAUGUAAAUAAACAUAUUGUUGGUUGCUCUUUGAUUUGUAAGGUUAAAAUAAUAUGAAACAGACUGUAAAAGUGAACAGUGCCAUUGGACAUUCAAGAAAAUAAAAAAAACAAUACACUGUAAAUUACAUUUUUGUUUGUUACUUAAUUUUAAUAGACUACUGAGUAGUUACCUUUUUUUUAUAAGUGUUGUCUGUUUUGAGUGGGUUUGUCCAUUUUUUUGUAAUUCAUGAUUAUGAGUGAUUUCUUUAUAAUACUUUAAUUCAUAGUAUGAUAGUGUGUGAGGCAUUCCUUAUGAUUCUUGUAGUAGUUGAGCCAAUUUCUCUGAACAUUUUUAUAAAAACGGUUUAUUCCACUUGGUCUUUUUUUUUCUUGUAUUAUUUUUAAUCGUUGUUUUCUUUGCCAAAGCUCAACAUAAUGUCUAGUCAAGGCUCUGUACUUCAACAAUAUUAUUCAAGAGAAUAUUAUUGUCAAUAAUAAAUAUCGCACAAAAUAACUCUGCAUUUUGUUAUUAAUUUAUAUUUGACUUCUACAAGAAGUAUUUUCUUCUGUUAAUUAAGUAGUUAUUUUAUAUGUUGUGUUAUUGUGGUUUUCUAACUUUGAAUUAUUUGUAAAUAUGUAGAUUUAUAAGCAUAAUUAAGUUUGUCUUUAGAUAAUUUUAAAUUGUUCCUGUUUACCUUAAUAGGUUAUUGUAAUGAUUGUACUUAAUAGCACAAAACAAUAUUGUCAGACGAUUAUUUAUAUUACAUGUUUUAUUAUCAUCGAACA